GCGGCCGCGUCGCACAGUCGGGCUCCCUGGGUGCAUACAGGCUUAUGCAGAGCAGGGUGAGAAGAUUGGACUUUGCAGUGGAAGCAGCAUCCCUCCAGUCUGGGACCAGGCGGAGGGCGUCCCCAACCUGAGGGGAGCAGAAGACCCGCCCUGACCUAGCCCGGCCCAGCCUAGUCCUGCCCGGCCUGAGCGCCCCGCCCAGGAGCCGGCUCUGAGUCAGGGCCCACUGGGGUCCAGGAGGUUGGUGACCCCUGAUAAAAAGUAUCGUGGAGGAGGCUGACCCCAAUCAAGUAAUCAUGCGGGCGCCAUGGACAAGAUCUUGGAGGCGGUGGUGACGUCGUCGUACCCGGCCAGCGUGAAGCAAGGGCUGGUGCGGCGCGUGCUGGAGGCGGCGCGGCAGCCGCUGGAGCGGGAGCAGUGCCUGGCGCUGCUGGCGCUGGGCGCGCGGCUCUACGUGGGCGGCGCCGACGAGCUGCCGCGCCGCGUGGGCUGCCAGCUGCUGCACGUGGCGGGCCGCCACCACCCCGACGUCUUCGCCGAGUUCUUCAGCGCGCGCCGCGUGCUGCGCCUGCUGCAGGGCGGAGCCGGGCCCCCGGGCGCCCGCGCGCUCGCCUGCGUGCAGCUGGGCCUGCAGCUGCUGCCCGAGGGGACGGCGGCCGACGAGGUGUUCGCGCUGCUGCGCCGCGAGGUGCUGCGCACCGUGUGCGAGCGCCCGGGGCCCGCGGCCUGCGCGCAGGUGGCACGGCUGCUGGCACGGCACCCGCGCUGUGUGCCCGACGGCCCACACCGCCUGCUCUUCUGCCAGCAGCUAGUGCGCUGCCUUGGUCGCUUCCGCUGCCCGGCCGAGGGCGAGGAGGGCGCGGUGGAGUUCCUGGAGCAGGCCCAGCAGGUGAGCGGGCUCCUGGCGCAGCUGUGGCGCACGCAGCCCGCCGCCAUCCUGCCCUGCCUCAAAGAGCUGUUUGCAGUCAUCUCGUGCACAGACCCCUGUCUAUGUGGGACCACCUGGAGUGUCCCCUCCCCCGCAGUGCACACACCCCUCCUACGUUUUCUGGCUAGCCCCGGCGUUGCCCCUUCUACAGUCCUUGCCUGUACGCCCACAGGCGGAGAGGAGGAGCCGCCGUCUAGCGCCCUGGCCAGUGUGGUCCAGCACCUCCCAUUGGAACUCAUGGACGGUGUUGUCCGGAACCUCAGCAAUGAUGACAGUGUGACGGACUCCCAGAUGCUGACUGCCAUCAGCAGGAUGAUUGAUUGGGUUUCCUGGCCCCUUGGGAAGAACAUUGACAAGUGGAUCAUUGCACUGCUGAAGGGCCUGGCUGCUGUUAAGAAGUUCAGCAUCUUGAUCGAGGUUUCGCUUGCCAAAAUUGAGAAGGUUUUCUCCAAGCUGCUGUACCCUAUUGUCCGGGGAGCUGCCUUGUCUGUCCUCAAGUACAUGCUCCUGACUUUCCAGCACUCCCAUGAGGCCUUCCACCUGCUCCUCCCUCACAUCCCCCCCAUGGUGGCCUCUCUGCUCAAGGAGGACUCGAACUCGGGGACCAGCUGCCUGGAGCAGCUGGCAGAGCUGGUCCAUUGCAUGGUGUUCCGGUUCCCGGGCUUCCCGGAUCUGUAUGAGCCUGUCAUGGAGGCCAUCAAGGACCUCCAUGUUCCCAAUGAGGACCGCAUCAAACAGCUGCUGGGGCAGGAUGCCUGGACCUCACAGAAGAGCGAGCUGGCUGGCUUCUACCCCCGGCUCAUGGCCAAGUCAGACACGGGCAAGAUUGGUUUAAUCAAUCUGGGAAACACGUGCUACGUGAACAGCAUCCUUCAGGCCUUGUUCAUGGCUUCUGACUUCAGACACUGCGUCCUCCGUUUGACUGAGAACAACUCACAGCCCUUGAUGACCAAGCUGCAGUGGCUCUUUGCCUUCCUGGAGCACAGCCAGCGGCCUGCCAUUUCCCCAGAGAACUUCCUCUCUGCGUCCUGGACACCCUGGUUCAGCCCUGGCACCCAGCAGGACUGCUCAGAGUACCUGAAAUACCUGCUGGAUCGGCUGCACGAAGAGGAGAAAACUGGGACAAGGAUCUGCCAAAAGCUCAAACAAUCCAGCUCUCCCUCCCCGCCUGACGAGCCCCCUAGUCCAAGUUCAACCUCUGUGGAGAAAAUGUUUGGAGGCAAGAUCGUGACUCGGAUAUGCUGUCUCUGCUGCCUCAAUGUCUCCUCCCGGGAGGAGGCCUUCACGGACCUCUCUCUUGCCUUUCCUCCUCCUGAGCGCUGCCGCCGCCGUCGCCUGGGCUCUGUGAUGCUCCCUGCAGAGGACAUCAGAGCCCAGGUUCCAAGCCCAAGGGUGGGUCCUCGAAGGCAAAGGAAACACUGUAUCACAGGGGACGCCCCCCCCACCGUCCUGGACCUCGAAGGCCUGGACUCCCAGGGAGCUGGGGAGCAGGGCAGUCAGGAGGAGAAGGUGGAGAGGGAGGAGGACAGGAAGGAGGAGAGAGCAGAGGAGGAAGAAGUGGAAAAGGAAGAGGAGGAGGAGGAAAGGACCCGAGUGGAGGAAGAGGAGGAGGAGAAGGUGGAGAAGGAAAAGGAGGAGGAGGCCCAGAAAGAGAAGGAAGAGGACAGCCUGGGCUCGGGGACCUCCCGGGAUGCUGCCAUCCCCUGUGGGGAACAGACGUGUGGCCCCGAGGGCUCCCGCUCUGUCCUGGACCUGGUCAACUACUUCCUGUCCCCCGAGCGGCUGACAGCAGAGAACCGCUACUACUGCGAGUCCUGCGCCUCCCUGCAGGACGCGGAGAAGGUGGUGGAGCUGAGCCAGGGGCCGCGCUACCUCAUCCUCACGCUGCUGCGCUUCUCCUUCGACCUGCGCACCAUGCGGCGCCGCAAGAUCCUGGACGACGUCGCCAUCCCCCUGCUGCUCCGCCUGCCGCUGGCUGGCGGCCGGGGCCAGGCCUAUGACCUCUGCAGUGUCGUGGUGCACUCCGGAGUGUCCUCAGAGAGCGGUCACUACUACUGCUAUGCCCGCGAGGGCGCCGCCCGCCCACCCCCUUCUCUGGGAACUGCCGACAGGCCAGAGCCUGAGAACCAGUGGUACCUGUUCAACGACACUCGAGUGUCCUUCUCCUCCUUUGAGUCUGUCAGCAAUGUCACCUCCUUCUUCCCCAAGGACACAGCCUACGUGCUCUUUUACCGGCAGCGGCCCAGGGAAGGGCCUGAGGCCGAGCUGGGCUCUCCCAGAGUCCGGGCAGAGCCCACCCUUCACAAGGACUUGAUGGAAGCCAUUUCCAAAGACAACAUCCUUUACCUGCAGGAGCAGGAGAAGGAGGCACGGAGCAGGGCAGCCUACAUCUCUGCACUCCCCGCAUCUCCGCACUGGGGGAGAGGCUUUGAUGAAGACAAGGAUGAGGAUGAAGGCUCUCCAGGGGGUUGCAACCCUGCAGGUGGCAAUGGUGGUGACUUCCACAGACUGGUCUUCUAAUGUGAACCCACUCCCAGCCUGCUCCCUCCUCUGGGGGCCCCAUAGCCAACCUCGGGAAGCAGUGACCCCUUCCUUCUGGGAGCCCAGGUCCAGGCGGCACUGCCAGGUGGGUCUGAGGGAGGCUGUGGAGGCAGGCCCAGUCCCAGAGUAGGCUCUUCCAAGGGCAAGGAGGAGGGAGAGCUUCUGGGACACCAGACCUCAGCCUGGAGGGUCCACAGAGACUCUCAGACGUGGAGGUAAGACCCAAGCCCCUGAUGCUGGGAUCAGUCCUAUUAAGUUUUACACCCAAGUGUCCUGAUUAACUUGAAGCAACUUAGGUGGGCACACUCUGGGCUUUGCCUCCCCCCCUCCCUCCCCUGCAGGCUCCCUGUACUGGAGCAUCUGAUUGUGUUCAGGAACCAGGGCUGAACCUCAGCUCUGAUGUUUUGCCAUCAAGUAGCACUUCCCUUCCGGCUCUGCUCAGACAAGUCCUGCUUUAUAGUAGGAAAAGCACAGCAGGAUCUGAGUCCUUGCACAAAAAAAGGGGCUGUGUGUCCCCUCUGGCCAUCCUCUUGUUUCUCCAAGGGGGUUCCUGUACUGUUUGUACUACUUUGAGAGGAGUAGGUGGGAAGCAGCAGGGCACGGUCUGACCCCCAUCCCUGUAGCAAGCAAGGACGCAGCCCCCUCGUGGCGGGAGCCCCUUUACCUCCAUGCCCUCUCUUCCCUAGCCUGCCUCAGUGCCUGAGAUGCCACCAUUAGCAUCCCCCUUCUGGUUAAGGUAGAGUCCUUACUUCACUGCAGAGACUGAAGCCGUCGUCUUCAGAGGAAGCGGGCCGGCUUGGCUCCUCUGUGAUCAGUUGGCCACUAUAGCCGUGAGAGUGGCUGCCUGAGGGGGUCUGGUGAAGUACAGAUGUUGACCUCAUUGUGCCCUGACACUGCUAAUAAGCUCCCUCUAAGUGAAGCAAAGACC